AAAUCGAGUUUUCUCCAAUUUUAAAAGAAAAACGCGAAACUCUCUGCGAUAUAAAUCACCUCCUCGUGACAAGUGAAAAUAACGCGUUUCUUUCGUAAGUUUACAAUGAUCGUAACUUAAGAGGGCGAUUAAAUUGACAUCUUUGUCAUUCGCGUCCAACGAAAUUGCCACGAAAGCUUGGAACAAAGUUGAAAACGAUCGAGUCGAGAAGAAGAAGUUGCGUACUUGUUAGUUUUCGAAAUCGAUCGUUGGGCGAAGAAGCGGAGAGAAAAUUGGCGACUUCUAUGAAUAGAAACAUUAGAAAUUUAUCGAUUUUCCCGCGAAAUAUUUUCUUCCCCCACCUUUGUGACGGCGCAUUCGCGUUUCGCAUUCGAACGAACGAACGAACGUUCUCGAAACUAACGUUUCUCGGUAAAAGGAUCUCGACGAGCAGGCGUCGGUGAGAGGAGAAAUGUCGGCGACGCGCGAAAGUGUCGCCGCGCGAGUAUUGGCAAAGACGAAAAAAAGGGGCGACUUUUCCUUCACGGGCGAAAUCGUCGUUUAUCACGCUAGAGCGGAGAAUUGCGUUCAGUUUUCGUGGUUGCCGUCGGAUGGCGUCCCUUCUAUCGUCUCGCAUCACCGACACAGAAAUUGGCACCGCGACUUCUCUCCUCCUCCAAGCCUUCGACGCACUAAAUCAACGCCUAACUCGAUCCAAUAAUUCUUCCCCUCUCUCGAUACGCCUCGAGAUUCCGUUUAAAUCGUAAUAACUCGAGUCGAGGAUCGGAAUUUCGCCAUCGAUCCCUCGAUCAUCGAUCACGCGGAGCAGGACGAGCAACGGUUCGAUCGACUCGCAGUAGCAUUAUCGCGCAUUAUCCCGAAAGCCCGCGCCGCGGAGGGUCUCCGUUUUCCCACGGUGCGCCGGACUCUGGCGGCAACGGAAUUCCAGGUCGAGACCGACCAGGAACUGCGCCGCAUACUGGCGAACGUGGACGAAGUAAGAAGAUGCGACUCGGCUCAUUUCUUACGUCUUCAUUCUUUGCGCGAAUAACGCGAUUCCCUCCGACUUUUUUUUUUCUUUUUUUUUCUUCCGUUUUUUUCUUUUACUUACGUCGUCGUUUAUCGUUGGUUAAUAUCUCUCGGAGGCGAAAAAUGAUCGGUCUCUUGGAAGCUCGCUCGGGAUGAGCGAAAAUUAAAAGGGUGGUGGAUGGGACCUGUUGAAACGCGGCGCGGCCAAGCUAAACCGGUUUGCGAUUCGAUUAACGCGCUAAUUACUCCGGGUAGGCACGUCCGACGGAGCCCUGACGUCCCGUUUCGGGCUUUCCUCCUCCCGAUUUCCCGAUUUCCACAAGACUCCAAGCUUCGAUCAAAGCCGCGCGUAUCGCUGUUGGCGUUAGCCCAGAUUCUUCAACGCGGGAAGAGAAAAAUAUUUUCACGGAUCGAUCCGAGCUUGGAAACGUAGAUAGAUCGUGCGAAACAGUUUCAUCCGAUCCUUAAACGGAUUUGAUUAAAAAAAAGGGAGAUGGGGAGGGGAAGCAAGGAACGAUGGUUGGAAGGAAAACACCUACGUUCGGCGGUAAUAUCACGUUGUAAAUGACGGGAAGCCACGGGGGUGAGCGAGGGGAAGGUUUCCAGAUGGUAGCGUAAGUCUCUGUUCUGGAGGAGAGGUAAUAGGUGAGGAGCGUAGUAGACGAGGAGGGAGGUGGGGAUGGGCGCGAGGGUGGACGCUGCGGAGGGCGGAGCCCAUCCUUUCCUUACUGCGCACUUUCUUACCACCCCUCCGCCGGUGUUCGUAUUCAACCCUCGGCACAGUCGGCGCCCGUGGGUACACAGUUUGCUCGUACAAAAAGGUGGCGGCGCGUGCUGCUCUCUCCUCCAGUGCUCUCGUUCAGUGUUUUCGUCGCGAACGCGAACGAUCCUCGCGAUCCCCCCUUCCGUCCACGGGGGUUGCGAUCGCUCGCUACAUUCGACAGUGCUCCCCCUCUCCACCCUCCUCCCCCUUCCUACGGCAGCGUGCGUCGCCCACGAGGCAGCGUGACUUUGACGCGCGAUCAUCCCGCGAUCAUCCGCGCAAGGUGCGUCGACCCUUUCGUUUGUGUCGACGCGAGGCCAACCAACGACCGGAUAUCGGGACACCGACCCUCGGCGCGCCUCUUCGUUCUACCACCACCUCCUAUCAAUCUGCACGAGUAUUAGAUUGUUGUUCGUCGAUGGUGGGAAGAUCGAGGAGAAGAGGAAAGCGUUUUGGGACGCCUCGCGUGUAAGGAGAGAAUAACCGAGAGGCGAGGGGGAAUAAAUCACGUUUGCACAGAGAGAGAGAGAGAGAGAGAGAGAGGGAGAGAGGGAGGAAGGGAGAGGAUACGUAGCGGUCAGGACAGGUAGCGAGGAUUCACGGUUCGGCUGUCAUCGAGUUCGACUCGAAAGACGCGAUCGAUGGCGGCACACGAGGCACGCAGCCAUCGGUGUUGUCAUUUCUUCGCAACGAGAGACUGAUAUUUGGCUCAUUCUCGACACGGGAUUGGGCGAUAGUACAACACCGCGGGAAGAGAUGUCUCUUCUACCGACGUUCGCGUCCCGAGCUUGCGUCCCCGACCGCUCCUGAGUCUAGUCGAUCUUCCUCGAAUCUUUGUCCACCUUUGCCUCUUUCUUCGAGUCUUCUUCUUCUUCUUCUUCUUUCCCUUGCCCCUCUUCUUCCUCCUCUCCUUCGUUUUCCAUUCUUCGAGGAGGGAAAGGGGAAAGGAGGACGGUCGGUCGUGGAACGAGGAACCGGAAGACUGGAUCGAGUUCGAGGAAGAUGCACGACGAGGCGACGUCCGCCGAGACCAGCCCGAGGACGAGCACCACGAGGACCAUCGCCGCGACGACGAGAGACGGUCGGAUGUGAGGAGGAGGAGGAGGAAGUGUCCGGAUUAUCGAGAUCUUGGGACAAAGGCGGCGAGAGGAAUUGGCCGUGGUGUGUGAUCGGGUGCACGAGGAAGGCAGGCAUGGAGCCGUCAACGUGGUGCACGCGCAGGCUCGGCGGCGGCGUAGCGACGUCCGCGGAGUCGACGAUCGCCGUGACUCUCGCGAAACUUGGCGCGACGACCACCUCCUCCCGUCUCUCGAGCGACGCUUCCGCGAUCAUCCCCCAACCCGACCCCUGCCCCUCUUCCUCGCCGCAGCACCACGACCACGGACCUUUCCCGUCGCUCUGCGACCUGUGCGAGCGGCUUCGCGGCGGACGCCUCGUCUCGGGCGGACGGUCGGAAACGGACGAGGAGGAGGAGGGGGGCCGCGGUCGGAUGACGAGACGCGGGCGAUCGGUGGCGGAUCGCGGCCACGCUUCCCCCGCAGGGGUCGUGUCGGCGAAGGAUCGACGAAGGCCCGACGACGGCCCUUCCUCGAGCGGCUGCGUGUCCAGCGUGGUGCGGUGGAACUCGACGAGGUCGGCCAGAUCUCUGCCCGCGACCAGCCACGAGCAGCAGACGUUAACCUGGACCAUUUUGUUCCUAUUCCUGGUACUCGUGUUCUCCGCUUCCGCGGACCUGCAAAAGCCAACGUCCAGAGAACGUUCCUCCAAAGAAGAGGGAGUGUGCCAAAGCAUAGACAUAAGAAACACCGUGCGUCAGUUCUCAAGACUGAAGGGAUGCCGACUAGUCGAAGGAUUCGUACAAAUUUUGCUGAUCGACAACGCCGAGCCAUCCGAGUACACCAACAUCUCUUUCCCGGAGCUGAGAGAGAUCACCGGUUACCUGCUUCUCUAUAGGGUAAAAGGGUUGCGCAGCAUCGGUCGCCUGUUCCCAAACCUGACCGUGAUCCGUGGCCACUCGCUGUUCAUCAACUACGCCCUCGUCGCGUUCGAGAUGAUGAACCUGCAGGAGAUCGGGCUGCACAGCUUGACGACCAUCGUCAGGGGCUCCGUCCGCUUCGAGAAGAACCCCGCGCUCUGCUACGUGGACACGAUCGACUGGGACCUGAUCGCCAAGGCUGGCAAAGGGGAGCACGUGAUCUCGGGGAACAAUCCAAAAAACGCGUGCCCGGUGUGCGAGAAGCACUGUCCGCAAAGACUGACCAAGCAGGAUGAAUACCUCUGUUGGAACCAGCAACACUGCCAACGAAUCUGCGACAGAAAGUGCGAGAACAACGCGUGCGACGAGGCUGGGAACUGUUGCCACUCGUCGUGCCUGGGCACGUGCAGCGGGCCGACGAAUCGCGACUGCACGGUGUGCAAGGACGUGGUGACGGGCGACUCGGAGUGCAGGGAACGGUGCCCGAACGGGAGCCUGGAGUUCAUGAAUCACCGUUGCAUAGACGAGGCGAGAUGCCUCCAGAUGGAGAAGCCGAAGGAGGUGUUGAAGAACGUGAAGAACUACCCGUACAAGCCUUUCAACGGGAGCUGCGUGAUGGAGUGCCCGCCCGGCUACAUGGACGACGAGUCGAACGGGAGGGUCUCGUGCAAGAAGUGCGAGGGCUCGUGCCAGAAGGAGUGCGCGGGCGCGAACGUGGACAGCAUCGCCUCGGCCCAGAAGCUGCGGGGCUGCACCCAUAUAACGGGCAGCCUCGAGAUCCAGAUACGGGGCGGGAAGAACAUCGUGAAGGAGUUGGAGGACGGGUUGAGCACGAUCGAGGAGAUCGACGGUUACCUGAAGAUCGUGCGCAGCUUCCCCCUCAUAUCCCUCAACUUUCUCAAGAAUCUGCGCGUGAUACGGGGGAACGACAUCGACAACUCCAAGUACACGCUGCUCGUGAUGGACAAUCAGAAUCUGCAGGAGCUGUGGGAUUGGAGCUUGCACAAGGAGAUCAGCAUAAAAUCGAAGGACGGGCCGGGCAAGAUAUUCUUCCACCUGAACCCGAAGCUGUGCCUGUACAAGAUCGAGAUGCUGAGGGAGAAGGCGGGCCUGGGCCCGUUCACGGACUACGAGGUGGCGCCGAACAGCAACGGGGACAAGGUGGCGUGCAACGUGACCGAGUUGAAGACGAGGGUGGGGAAGAAGUCGCCGUGGGGGGCGGUGAUCGAGUGGGAGCCGUUCGUCCACCACGACGCGAGGUCCCUCCUCGGCUACGUGGUGUACUUCAUCGAGGCGCCCAACAGGAACGUGACGAUGUACGACGGGAGGGACGCGUGCGGGGGCGACGGUUGGAAGGUGGACGACGUUUCCGCGAGCACCAACUCGACCCUGAUGGACAGCAGGCAGGAGAAGAGCGUGCACACCCACUACCUGUCCCAGCUGAAGCCGUACACCCAGUACGCCUAUUACGUGAAGACUUACACGAUCGCGACCGAGAGAUCCGGGGCCCAGAGCAACCUCACGUACUUCAGGACCAUGCCCGAGGCGCCCAGCUCGCCCAGAUCCCUCCUCACGUGGAGCAACUCGAGCAGCGAGCUCAUCAUGUCCUGGCUACCGCCCCUCCACAACAACGGCAACCUCACCCAUUAUCGCAUCGUGGGCAGAUGGGAGCCGGACGAUCCCAAUUUCAUCGAUCAGCGAAACUAUUGCGAGGAACCCAUGAUGCUGACCGACAAGAAGCCGAUCACGCUCGCCGAGGAGGAGAGGAAGCGGAUGGAGGAGGAGAAGGAGCAGAUGGUGCCCGAAACGGGGACCUGCGAGUGCGCCGAUCGGGAGACCGAUCAAUCGCUGAGGGAGAAGGAGGCGUCGAGCGCGAUCGAUUUCGAGGACGCGUUGCACAACCAGGUGUACGUGAAGCGUAAACCGAGGAGGAAACGGGACGUCUCGGAUAUAUUGUUCAGGAAGACGAAAUCGUUGGAUCAGGUAAUCGAUCGAUCCUUCCUUCGAUUCUCUCGCUCCGCGUCUCUAACACGUAUGCGUGUGUAUUGGCAGCCGGUGAUGAAGAAGGUGAACGGGACGUACGUGGCGUUCGAGGAGAACGUGCCAAGCACGAAUCGUUCGUUCGUGAUGAAGGAUCUGCGCCACUUCGCCGCGUACAACAUCGAGGUGCAGGCGUGCAGGGCCCAGGAGAUGAACGACACUUACAAGAAAUGCUCGACCAAGAGCAUGAGGACGUUUCGCACCAUGUCGUUGGACAGCGCCGACAACAUUCCCCCGAAUACGUUCAAGAUGAGCAUCUCGGGCGAGAACAACAGUCUCACCAUGGUCACGCUUCAAUGGGACGAGCCGCCGCAACCCAACGGCCUGAUCAUCACCUAUCAGAUCGAGUACAAGAGGGUCGACAUACAGAACUAUAAACCGACGGUGGUGUGCAUCACGAGGCGGGAUUUCACCAAGGCCGGGAACUCGUACGUCCUCAAGGAGCUUCCAGCCGGCAAUUAUUCGGUGAAAGUGCGGGCGACGAGCCUGGCCGGGAACGGGGCGUACACCCACGUCAAGUACUUCUACAUCGAGGAACGGAACACGAUGAACACGUUCUGGAUAGUGUUCUGGCUGCUGUUCUGCGCCGUCCUCGCCGCCCUCAGCUUGGUCGCCUUCUACGCGUGCAAGCGGAAAUUUUUGAGGAACGUGCCCAACGUGACGCUGAUCGCCACCGUGAACCCCGAGUACGUGAGCACGCCUUACGUGCUGGACGAGUGGGAGGUGCCCAGGGAGAAGAUCGAGAUGCUUAGGUCCCUGGGGACCGGCACGUUCGGCAUGGUGUACGAGGGGAUCGCGAAAGACAUCGUGAAGGGGAAGUCGGAGGUUCGCUGCGCCGUGAAGACGGUGAACAAGGACGCGACCGAUCGGGAGCGAAUCGAGUUUCUCAACGAGGCCUCCGUGAUGAAAGGUUUCGACGCCCAUCACGUGGUGAAACUCCUCGGCGUGGUGACCCGCGGCCAGCCAACGUUGGUCAUCAUGGAGUUGAUGGUGAACGGGGACCUGAAGAGGUAUCUGAGGAGCCACAGGCCGUGCGAGAACAUGUCGAACGCGCCCCCGAAAUUGGACAGGAUUCUGCAGAUGGCGAUCGAGAUCGCGGACGGGAUGGCGUACCUGUCCACGAAGAAGUUCGUGCACAGGGACUUGGCGGCCCGUAAUUGCAUGGUGGCCGAGGAUUUGACGGUGAAGGUGGGCGACUUUGGGAUGACCAGGGACAUCUACGAGAGGGAUUAUUACAGGAAGGGGAGCAAGGGUCUGUUGCCCGUCAGGUGGAUGGCGCCAGAGAGUCUGAAGGACGGGGUGUUCAGCAGCUAUUCCGACGUGUGGAGCUACGGCGUCGUAUUGUGGGAAAUGGUCACCUUCGCGUCCCAGCCUUAUCAAGGUUUAUCGAACGAGCAGGUGCUGAGAUACGUGAUCGAGGGAGGUGUGAUGGAACGGCCGGAGAACUGUCCCGAGUUGCUGUACGAGCUGAUGAAGAGGACCUGGAGGCACAAGGCGACGAGGAGGCCGACGUUCAUGGACAUAGCGAGCAUGUUGCUGAAACACAUCGACUCGGACAGUUUUCAAGAGGUUAGCUUCUAUCACAGCCCGGAGGGAGUGGAGGCGAGGAAUCAGAACAGGUCCAACUCGCCCCAGACAAAUCAGCACCUGGAACUGGCCACCUUGCAAGAUCUGCAGGAGGAGGAGGCGGAGGGGGAGGAGGAUUCCCCUCUACGGCAGGAUUUCGGCGACUUCGCCAGCUUCGAGCCGGCCAGCAUCAAGAACAGCUUCGGCUCCCGUUUCAGGAUGGACUCGUACGGCGAGAACUCGAAGACGACCCCCAACUGCCACGACAUGAACUCGUCCAACGUCCCGUUGAAGGCCGGCUUCGACGACUUCGACGGCGUCUCGGCGGACUCGAUCGCCUCGAUCGCCAAGGACGCGUUGAACCUGCCGUUCGUCGAGGACAGCCUCAAGUCCGUGAAGAGUUCGCCGUUCAUAAACGCGAAGAGCGCGUCCCGCAGUAACCUGAGCCAAUUGUCGACGAGCAACAGAUCCGCGACCAGCCCCAAGAAUCCGAGCGGGAAGAGAAGCUUCCUCGGCAGCCCCAACUCGUCCAAGAUUGCCGCGAACCCGGAUUACGAGAACGGUAGCCCGGAGAUAUUGUCGGCUGCCGCCGAGAAGAGGGAGACGGUCCCGCUUCGCCUCGACUUCCCCUCCAUCGACGCGAUCGACAUCGACAACGGGAUGGAGAGGAAGGAGGCGUUGUCGUCCCCCGUCGAAUACGUGAACAAACCCGAGACGUUGAACAACGGGUACAUAGGUGGCACGACCACGUAGUCUUAACGGGGGUUCGCACCCCCGAAACGAGGCCGCCACGUCGAGGGUG